UAACUUAAUUAUUUUCAGAACACUAUACCAGAUCUAGAUUUUUUUUUUAAAUGGAACCUGCAUUAUCACCAAUCAGAUCACACCACGUGGCAGUUAUCGGUGCUGGACCUGCCGGUCUCGUCGCGGCAAGAGAGCUUCGACGGGAAGGUCACUCGGUGGUCGUUUUCGAGAAGCAAAAACAAGUUGGAGGAACCUGGAUCUACACCGAUGAAGUCGAAUCGGAUCCGUUAAGUGUUGACCCGACCCGAUCCGUUGUCCAUUCAAGCGUCUAUAGCUCUCUCCGAAUCAACGGUACCCGAGAGUGUACCGGAUACAGAGACUACCCGUUCGUGGUUCGUUCCGGUGUAUCGGAAUCUAGAGAUCGGAGGAGGUUUCCGAGUCACGGUGAAGUUUUGGCGUAUUUGCAAGAUUUCGCAAGAGAGUUUGGGAUUGAGGAGAUGGUUAGGUUUGAGACGGAGGUUGUGAAGGUUUCUCCGGCGGCGGAAGGAGAAAUCGGGAAAUGGAGAGUUGAAUCAACGGAGAAGGAGAAGAGAGUUCGUCGUGAUGAGAUAUAUGAUGCUGUUGUUGUUUGUAAUGGACAUUAUGUUGAACCUCGUCUCGCUGAAAUUCCUGGUAUAAGUUCUUGGCCAGGGAAAGAGAUGCAUAGCCAUAAUUACCGUAUUCCCGAACCAUUCAAAGAUCAGGUUGUUGUGCUUAUUGGAAACUCUUCAAGCGCUGAGGAUAUAAGUAGGGACAUUGCUACAUUUGCCAAAGAGGUUCAUGUGGCUUGUAGGUCAAAUCCAGCUGAUACGUUUAUCAAACAGACCGGUUACAAUAAUCUAUGGAAGCAUUCAUCGAUUGAGUGUGUCCAUGAGGAUGGUUCUGUGGUUUUUCAGAACGGGAAGACGAUUUCGGUUGAUAUUAUUAUGCAUUGCACUGGGUAUAAGUAUCACUUUCCGUUUCUUGAUACGAAUGGACUUGUCAGUGUAGAUGAUAACCGUGUCGGGCCAUUGUACAAAGACGUCUUCCCUCCAGCAUUUGCACCUUGGCUUUCCUUCAUCGGGAUACCGUGGCAGGUGUUACCGUUCCCUAUGUUUGAGUUGCAAAGCAAGUGGAUCGCGGGUGUUUUGUCGGGUCGGAUCCCACUUCCUUCCAAGGAAGAUAUGAUAAUGGAAAUCAAAACCUUUUACUCAACACUCGAAGUCCAAGGGAUUCCAAAGCGAUAUACUCAUCGUAUGGGCAAUACUCAGUUUGAGUAUGAUAAUUGGUUGGCUUCGCAAUGCGGGUGCUCAGAAACAGAGGAAUGGAGGAAAGAGAUGUGUUUGGCGAAUGUUGUGAGGAAGGAAGCCCAUCCAGAGACGUACAGAGACGAAUGGGAAGAUCAUCACUUAAUUUCUCAAGCUUAUCAAGAUUUCUCUUUGUACUCAUAAACAAAACCGAAGAUGUUAAUGCCAAUACUGCCAUUCAAUGUAAAAAGACUUCAUUCUUAUUAGAGAAAAGAAAAAAAUGGGCACACCAGGCAAUGUAGCUCCAGAAUCUACAAUGUAUGUAUUCCCUGUGACAUAUAUUGUGAAGAGUCAUGAGAAAGAUAACGAACGAGAGAUGUAAGCCCCGGAUCCACGGUCUAU